UCUUCUCUUAAAGAGUAGCGUAGCAUGGCAUCCCCGUCCUGACCGUGUUUUAUUCCAUUUUUCUCUUCUUCCCUUUCCCGGUAAAAAAGCUUGCUGCUAUCUCCUCGAUCUUCGCAUUCUCCAAAUCUUUUCUUCCUCCCUUCCUCCCUUGAUGGACUAAAUUAGAAUGAAGAUGUAUAUGGUGGCUCGGCGACUCUCUGAUGGAUCCACGACCUCGCAAUUUCCAGCUUCCUUGCGUUAUGGGAACUGGUUUAGGGCUUAUUCAACUGCCUUCAGAGAGGAGAGGGACACGUUUGGUCCCAUUCUUGUCCCUGCUGAUAAGCUAUGGGGUGCACAAACGCAAAGAUCAUUGCAGAAUUUUGAUAUAGGAGCGAGCGCGAUCGAAUGCCGGAACCAAUCAUUCGAGCCUUUGGCAUCCGCAAGAAAUGCGCAGCUAAGGUGAAUAUGGUUGAUCCAUCGAUAGGGAAAGCAAUAAUGCAAGUCGCCCAGGAGGUAGCUGAGGGAAAGCUAAAUGAUCAUUUCCCGCUAGUUGUGUGGCAGACUGGC